AUGACUGAACCUAUAGCGAAACGAGCUAAAAUGGAUGAAAUUCCAUCGCACAUCAACGACAUGGGAGAAGAGGUGAAGAAAGCUUUGAUUGAACUCGAUAUCAUUCAAAACGAUAUUGAUAUCAUUAAUGAGAAAGCAUACGAUGAGAUUUUGAAGAUCGAGCAGAAAUACAACAGUCUCAGAGUGCCUCAUUAUGAGAAGCGCAUAGAGCUGAUAAAAAAUAUUCCUAAGUUCUGGGCAACAACAAUUCUUAAUCACCCACAACUUUGCACAAUAAUAGAGGAUAGAGAGGUUGAGUUGUUGAAUGCCAUUACAAAUAUUGAGGUUGAAGAAGCGGAAGAUGCACGAAGCGGGUAUAAAAUUCGAUUCACUUUUGCUCCCAAUGACUACCUUGAGAAUGAAAAGGUUGAAAAGGAAUUCAUAAUAAGUGAGAAGCCUGCUUCAACUACUACACCAAUCAGAUGGAAAGAUUCCAAAUGUUUAGCUCGCACAGAAGACAGCGAUAGUCCACUAUCAUUCUUCGAAUGGAUGGCUGAGAAUGUCGAUCCUGGUAACGAUGACAUCGCGGAUAUUUUGAAGGAUGACCUGUGGACCAACCCUGUCCAGCAUUUUCUGUGUCCUGAGGUAGAGGAUGUGGGAGGUGAUUAUGAAAACUUGGCCGACGAAGAAGAGGCCCUAGAAGAGGGUGACGAAGAAGCAGGCUCUGACGGGGACAACUGA